AUGCGGGUGGUAUUCGUGAUAUACUUUACACUAAUUCAACUUGGCCUGAGUCCUGAGUGUGAGGUUCGGGCUGAUGCUCCGCCUCAGACCGAGGUUCAGGUCAAGCCUGAGGAAUUUUCAAAUUUGAGAAAUCUUGUGAUGCCACCUGCAGUACAGCGUGUAAUCGGUGGCGAAGUAACAACGGUUGAAAAAGUCGGUGGAUUUAUUGUUUCGCUGCAUUAUGAAGGCAGCUUUGUGUGUGGGGGCUCUCUAGUGAGGGAGCGUAUUGUUCUGAGCGCUGCUCAUUGUUUUCUUGGUCGCACCAAGACGUCACUGUGGGUUGUCAAGGGUGGCGUCUCUAAUCUAAACGACGAUGGUCCCACAAUUGACGUGAAAGACUAUGUAAUACCCUCUGCUUUUGAUCAGUUCAGAAUGAAUAUGGAUGUGGCUGUGUUGCUUCUAGCCGCACCGUUGGUGGGCAAAAAUAUUAAAAAAAUCGAACUGUGCAAAACUAAAUUGUUACCGAGUAUGGUUCUCACUGUCUCCGGUUGGGGUCUAACUGAUCCUGAUGGCACCCAUGCGCAGCAAACCUUAAGAUCUGUUAGUGUGCCCGUUAUCAAGAAGAAGAAGUGCAAGCAAGUCUACCAGCCCUCUAUUGAGAUAACCAAUAGCAUGUUUUGUGCCAGCCUUUUGGGAAAGAAGGACGCGUGCACCUUCGAUUCGGGCGGUCCGUUUGUCUACAAGGAUGCCUCAGGACAUAAACAGCUUUGUGGCAUUGUCUCCUUUGGCAUUGGCUGUGCUAGCGCAAAAUAUCCGGGCGUCUACACCGACGUUAACUAUGUCAAGCCAUUCAUUUUGAAUACCAUUCAAAAUUUCGGAGGAGAAUGAAUGCUUUUAUUAAAGUGGCAUACGAAACAUUAUUAAAUUCAAAUCAAUUACUACUGAAC